CAGUCGGUCAACCUCCCACCACUUUUGCACGCAACCCAGCGUCAACGCUCGAACAGCGCGUCCUCGCGGACACAAACAGGCAAUCCAUGCAGGGUCCGCAUUCCCCCGCUGGUGCUGAUUCAGACAACGCUCAACCCUCCUCCGACCGCAAGCGCAAGCUCCACCAAGCUCGUGACGCCACUAAGCAGCAAACCAUAUCCGACGUUCUAUCUACUUCGCAGCAAAAACCCACCACCGUGUCGCCCCGAAGCAAACGUGUCAAACCCAAUCCUCCAGACGGAGAGGCUUCGUCACAUCACCCCGCAACCGCGACAAGCACGCGACCUCUGCCGCCAGAGAAGAUGUACACCUUCACGAGCAAAAGGAAUAAUGGGGAAGUCAUAGAUCUUACGGGCACCCCGAGCCCGGCUCCGAGUCCCGCCCGCCGUCCCAAUGGCGCCCGUAAGCCAAACUUCAAUCCUCAUACCGGAGCCAAACAACUUGUGGUCAAGAAUCUCAAGAAGCCGUCGACGAAGGAUCCGUGGGAAUACUUCAACACGAUUUGGACCAAGAUUGAUGCAGCAUUGGACACGGUUUUCAAAGGCGAUGAAAUCAACUUCUCCCUCGAGACGUUAUACAAGGGCGUUGAGAACAUCUGCCGCCAGAAUCAGGCUGCCGAUCUGGCGAACAAGUUACAUGAGAAAUGCAGGACAUAUGUUGAGACUGGAUUGAAGGACCCAUUAAUUGCGAAGGCGAGCGCAAGUAAUGUGGACGUGUUGAAGGCGGCGCUGUCAGCUUGGAAGACGUGGAGGGCUCACCAGAAACCACUCCUAUGGAUAUUCUGCUUCCUCGACCGCUCGUACUUGCUACCACGAAACCAAACUCUCGACGCUCAGUCCAUCGUAUUCUUCCGCACUCUUAUCUGCGAAGACCCCACUUUACAGCCCAAGAUUGUGAUGGGGGUCUGUGAUCUUGUUGCAGCUGACAGAUCCGGUGAUGACUUCGACAAAGAUAUCUUCAAAGAUGCUGUCUCCAUGUUCCAUAGUCUAACAAUCUACACUAGCACACUUGAGCCCAAGCUCCUAGAACUCUCACAGCAGUACAUCAUUAGCUGGGGAGAACAGUCUAGCGCCAGCAAGAGUCUGGCGGAAUAUGUGCGUAGCGUGAUGGAGCUCAUAGAAAGGGAGAUGGAACGCUGCGAGCUUUUCAACUUCGAGGCUACUACCAGCCGUGAUCUUCUUGGUUUACUGGAAGAGCAUCUGAUCCAGAAGCAGCAAGAACGCCUGGUCAACCGAGACGAAAUUGCCGACCUCAUGGACGAGAACGCAGUGCACGAUUUGGAGCAGACAUACAAGCUUCUUGAUCGCAGAGGUCUUGGAACUAAGCUGCGACCAGCUUUUGAGAAGUGGAUCGAGGACACUGGAACUGCAAUUGUAUUUGACGAAAAGGAGCAGGAGUCCAUGAUCAUCAAGCUUCUUACGCUGAAGAAGCAACUUGACACUGUCUGGCGCGUGUCCUUCCAUCGCGACACUGAGCUCGGCCAUGGCCUUCGCGAAGCCUUCGAACUUUUCAUCAACAAAUCCAAGAAGACAACUGCAACCUGGAACACAGACAAUUCGAAGCCAGGCGAAAUGAUCGCCAAGUACGUCGACACGUUAUUGCGCGGCGGCGCCAAAGCCAUCCCUACUCAACUUUCUCUUAUCGCGGCUAAGCAAGCCGACCCUGAGGUUGAUGAAAACGAGUUGGCUUUUGAUGAAGACACGGAAAUGAACAACCAGCUGGACCAAGUCCUCGAUCUUUUCCGGUUCGUUCAUGGCAAGGCAGUCUUUGAAGCUUUCUACAAGAAAGACUUUGCGCGCCGUCUGCUCAUGGGACGCAGUGCCAGCGCGGAUGCUGAAAGAAGCAUGCUGGCGCGUCUCAAGACAGAGUGUGGUGCUGGCUUUACACAGAACCUUGAGCAGAUGUUCAAGGAUAUUGAUUUGUCCCGUGAAGAGCUAGGCAGCUACAAAUCGCUUCUCGAGGAGCGUGGUGACAAAGUCGGUGUUGAUUUGUCUGUCAACAUCCUCUCAGCAUCUGCCUGGCCAACUUAUCCAGAUAUUCCUGUGGUUAUCCCUACCGAGAUCCAGGGCGCGCUGGACAAGUUCACAGACCACUACAAGAGCAAGCACUCCGGGCGCAAGUUGGACUGGAAGCACGCUCUUGCGCACUGUCAGAUCCGCGCUCGAUUCCCCAAGGGCAACAAAGAGCUCAUCGUCUCAUCCUUCCAAGCCGUCGUCAUGCUGCUCUUCAACAACGUCAAGCCAGGCGAGCACCUAAGCUACGAGCUCCUGAAAGCGGAGACGGGACUUCCGCCACCAGAGCUCAAGCGCACGCUGCAGUCGCUGGCGUGCGCCAAGCUGCGCCCACUGACAAAGCACCCCAAGGGCCGCGACAUCAACGAGACGGACACGUUCACCUUCAACGAGAAGUUCACGCACGAGAAGUACCGGCUGAAGGUCAACCAGGUGCAGCUGAAGGAGACGAAGGAGGAGAACAAGGAGACGCACGAGCGCGUCGCCGCGGACCGCAACUUCGAGACGCAGGCGGCCAUUGUGCGCAUCAUGAAGAGCCGGAAGCGGAUUGGGCACGCGCAGCUUGUUGCCGAGGUCAUUGAGGCGACGAAGAAGAGAGGCGUGCUGAGCGUGCAGGACAUCAAGAAGAACAUUGAUCGGCUCGUCGACAAGGACUAUAUGGAGCGCGAGGAGAAUAACGAGUACAGCUACAUUGCUUAGACGUGGGAAUGCCACUCUCGGAUUUUGCUGGCAGGCUCGCCGGUUUUCAGUGGGUGUUGUGGUAGGAUAGCCGCCUGAGAGUUUCCAUGGUUGGUCUAGGCAUGGCUGGAAUGUACUCAGCCUUCGUGGCAACGAACAAAUUAAACUUCCAUUGAUGGGGUGGCUUGAAAUUGGCUCUAAUACGGUUUCGUGUUUUGCGUUUUAGUUGUUGCUGGGGCUAACGGGUAUAGAGUAAGAAUCGUCAAGGAAUAAAUGGAGGCGAACCGCAACCAAGGAUUAUUUUCUUACCUUCAUAUUUGAGCAAAUUUAACAAACAGAUAAUGUUACCUAAAACAUUCAC